CACAAAGGUCAGACGUGUACGUGCUUUCUACGACUCAUAUGAACACGUUCCACACGGAGCCUAAGCGAAUCAAGAGUUGCCUUUCUUCGGUAGUACCCGGAUUUGCCCGUGGGGAAAAUAGCUACGUCAUUGUUCACCGACGGACUACCCCGCUUGAAAUAAGAAAUGGACCUACACGAAUAAUACAUUUGUGAAAAAUUACAGAUCUGAAAGAUGUUCCUUUAUGCUUCCAAAACCAUACCGCAAGCGAAGCGCUGCAUGUUGAGACAAUGAACAAUGACCAUAGUUGACAGAUCUUCAGAGAAAUCUGACCACGAGUCAGUCGGGUGCAAGCGCUCCGGAUCGCUGACCUUCCCCGGCGGCGACGGGAACGGGAUGGACGGCGGGUGCUCCAGCUGGGGGGCGGGGGGUCCCUCAUCCUCCGACACCCCCAGGGUGAAGACCGGGGGCUGCAUGGGCCCAACCCCUGGAGCCACUGUCUACAGCAGCAGUGCUGCCAUCACCGCAGACAGGCCCAAGGAGCAAGUGGUGCUGACCAGUGGGGACGGCAUCGCCUUGCCCCAGAAGGUGCUGUUCCCGGCCGAGCGGCUCAGCCUGAAGUGGAACCAGGUCAACCGCAUCGGAUCAGGUCUCCAGAACCUGGGCAAUACCUGCUUCCUCAACUCGGCUCUGCAGUGUCUCACCUACACUGCUCCCCUCAGUAACUACAUGCUGUCCCGGGAGCACUCUAAAACGUGUCACGAGCCUGGAUUCUGUAUGAUGUGCACCAUGCAGAAUCACAUCACCCAGGUCUUUGCCAACUCUGGGAACGUCAUCAAGCCCAUCGGAGUCCUCAAUGAGCUCAAACGGAUUGCAAAGCAUUUCCGUUUUGGUAGCCAAGAGGACGCCCAUGAGUUCCUGCGGUACACAGUGGAUGCUAUGCAAAAGUCCUGCCUGCCCGGAAGCAAAUUGGACAGGCAAACACAGGCAACCAGUUUCAUCCAUCAAGUCUUUGGAGGGUAUCUAAGGUCCAGAGUGAAAUGUUUAAACUGCAAAGCAGUCUCUGACACGUUUGACCCUUAUUUGGAUGUCGCUUUGGAAAUAAAGACUGCUCCCAGUAUCACCAAAGCACUGGAGCAGUUUGUUAAGCCUGAGCAGCUAGAUGGAGAGAAUGCCUACAAAUGCACUAAGUGUAAGAAGAUGGUUCCAGCCUCUAAGAGAUUCACCAUCCACCGCAGCUCCAAUGUGCUCACCAUCUCACUGAAGCGCUUCGCCAACUACAACGGGGGCAAGAUCGCUAAGGACGUGAGGUAUCCUGAGUGCCUGGACCUGCGUCCCUUCAUGUCUCAGUCCCACGGGGAGCCCCAGGUCUAUGUGCUCUACGCUGUCCUGGUGCACUCUGGCUUCAGCUGCCACGCUGGACACUACUACUGCUACGUCAAGGCUAGCAACGGCCAGUGGCACCAGAUGAAUGACUCCUCUGUAUCAGUCAGUGACAUCAGAUCAGUCCUCAACCAGCAGGCGUACGUCCUCUUCUAUAUCAGGUCACCUGAUCUGAAGAACGGAGGGGACUACAACCACAUGAGUCGGCCCCCUGGACAAUCGUCCCCCCGCCCCAUCCUCACACCCCGGGUCAACAUUGGACCACGACACACCAACACUUGCUUCAUAGGACCACAGCUGCCCCCACACAUGGCCAAGAACACCUUUCACAUCAAUGGGAAUGGCUCCCUAAGGGACUUCCCCUCUGGCUCAAAGCCCAGCAGUGGGAGCAGCAGCAUGGGCAAGACUAGCUACGGCCUGCUCUCCUCUUCUUCCUCUUCCUCUCAUUCUCUAAGCUGUCCUACAGGUAUCCCUGACACUGCCAAGCGUCAGAAGCUCUCCUUCUUCAUCGGUCAGGGCAAACAGAUCCGCCCCUCCUCAUCAUCCUCCUCUUACGCCCAGCCGUCCUCCUGUUCUUCGUCACAGACUACCUCAGACAUGUCCGCGCCCCAGGCUCCUUGCAUAAACGGUACACCCUCCGUUAACGGAAACGGUCAUGGAGCCUCAUUCCUGGUGCCGUAUGGCCAGGAGUCAUCGGAGGAGUCUGACCAGGAGGGAGGCAGCGGUUUGGAGAACGGCACAACCAAGCCUCACGUUAACGGGAGGAAGGGAGGGGCCGUCUAUGGCCCCGUCCCCAGAGUGCUGGCCCUCAAGCCCAACGGCAUCAGUAACGGCCAGGCCACCAUGCACCAUAACGGGUCUGGGACAAACGGCUCCUCCAAACUCAGCCAGAUCGGACAUCAGAAUGGACACCACAAAGUUAAUGGCAUCAAACAACCGGAGAAGGUCAACGGUCAUGUACUGUCUCCUGGGUUGGGUCCCAGCAGUUCUAAUGAGGCGGAGUCUCACCACAGUGGCCCAAGCAAAGAGGUGUAUAGUGCCAUCCCCAGCCAGGACAACCCGUCUCAGAGCCUCCACAGUGCCGACAGCGAUAGCCACCUCUCCCCAACCCCAGAGAAAAGGACUAAAACUCACUCUGACCCCCUCCCUCACCACCCACCAUCAACCACUGCUAACCCGCCAUCCUCAUUGGCCGAUGUUGGCGCUAAGCCACCUACUGACACCAUGAGGGAAUCCAGCUCCACCUCCAACCCUGGGGCCUUACCCCUCCAGCCCACCCCCCACUCCCUCAGAACCCUAGUCUCUCCAGCCUUCUCCCAGCCCCUCUCUGGACCAGGCCAGGGGACCACAAAAGGCCUCGGAGCACCACACAGCAGAUCUGGGGAGGACGUCAGGGAGACUGAGAACAGCCCAGCAGCAGGGCUGGAUGGACGGCUGGACGGCAAGCCCAGCUCCAGAGAGGGAAGAGACCGGAUGUAUUCUUCUGAUCGGGAUAAGGGGAGAGACCGACUAUAUUCUUCGGACCGCGAUAGGGAUGGAGACCGGCUGUACUCUUCUGACCGGGAUAAAGACGGAGAAAGGAAUGGGUACCACCGUGACAUGAGCCGUGAACGCAACUGGGACCGUGACUCAGACCGCUAUCGACACCGGCGGGACCACAGAGAUCGAGAACACCACCGAGACCGAGAACACCACCGGUCGUACCGUGAUCGCUCGGCCAGCCGGGACAGACACUGGGAGUCAGAGCGUCGCUGGGAGAGGAACGCCUACCACCCCAGGGACAGGGACCGCUGCCACCACCACUACCACAGACCCAGAGAGAACAGGGAGAGGGACCGGAGGGAGCACAGCCUCCCCCAUAGAGAGGAGCCUCACGGACGCUCCAGGUGGAGGGGGGAGAGGUGUGAAGGUAAGGACAGGGGUGAUGGUAAGAGGGGUUACUACCCUUCACAGGAGGAGACCCCCCUGCCCACCCCACUAAGCUCCAACACCAAACCCAGUCAGCCCCCCACUAGCCCAGACCUCUCCCCAGCCAGACCAGCUCUGGAGAAACGACCCGAUCCUCUGAGAGAGGACAGCGUUGAGGAGCGUCGGGCCAAGAAACACAAGAAGAGCAAGAAGAAGAAGAAGUCCAAGGACAAAGCUAGGCGUCGAGAGAAUGGGACCUCUGAUGUGGAUUCCUCUGACAGGGCUGCCGAUGGCAGCAGGUCCUCCAAACACAAGAAGAAGAAGAAGAGGAGGCACGACACUGACAUGGAGGACGAGAAGUCCCGCUCUACCCAGAGUUCCGAGGGGCACCGUGACCCCAACGCCCCCCGGGAGAGUCGCAGGGCGAGCAGCAGUGACGAGGAGAGGGCGAGCAGGAAGCGACGUUACCAGGACGAUGAUGGCUCUGACAAUAGCUACCCCGAGGUCUGUAUGCAAACGUAACACAUCUCUCUCCCAUUGCAGACUUGGAAUACUGUAAAAAUCAACCUUUAUGGAAAAGUGAAAUGCAACAGGAAUGUCAUCCCUAAUAUUUGAACGUGGUGCUGAAUUACUGGGAAUAUACUGUAUUUUUACCACACAAAUGUUUUAAAGAUUCUACCAGAUUUUUUUUUUUUUUUAAGGUAUUUUUUUUUCUAAUUCAUUCGGUAGACACUUGUCACUCAAUGGACAUUUAUGAAAAAUAAUUAAUAUAUACACGUUGUAAACAAAAAAGAAGCCUGGAGCUUAACCAUCUCAACUGCUGCUUAGUGGAAGACUCAGGAUUUGUUAAAAUGAGACUUUUUCCUCCUCAGAGAACUGACCACUUGGUUAAAUAAUCGAACGACUAUUGUUGUUGCCUAGGAGAUGACCUGUUUGAUAUGACUUCAGUUGGCCGCAAGUUUGUCACCAUUAUCCACAUAUCUGUAUAGCUGGAGUUGUUGGUAAAAAAAAAAAGAUGAAAAGAAAAUGGAGGGAAACGUUAUGGAGGAGUGAGGACCGUGUGGUAGACACAAGGACAUUGCCAGCUCUUUGUUGCUUUCAAUUACUUUUUAAAAUUCUCUUAAGCCUACAAUUCUUUCUCUCAACACGUCACUGGAGAAGAUUCCUUCCCUCUGCAUCCCUCUCUUCACUCGCUUUCACUGAGAUAUCAUUUCUAUCCUUAACUCAUUCAAGGAUUUAAAAAAUCAUAAUAAUCAUGUUAUCUUAUGGCUGUGGACCUGUUUUUUUGUUUUUUUAUAGCGUCCAAAAGAAUACUGUGAAUUUAAUUUUGAACUGUACUAUCAGUUAUUUUUUUAUACAUUAAAACGGUCCUGUAUCAGGAAUACCAAUGUAGAAUUUCUUUUUUUGUUUUAGAAUUCCCACAACAUAAUUUAGACUGUGUUCUAUGGACAUAAGUCAGUAGAAUGGUAUGAUGAUCUGCUUUUGGUCUGUUUGGAUGGCUUUGUUUUCUACCUAAAAAAAGACCAAAACAUGUAAAUGGUUGUUAAUACAUUUCUAGUUCUACAAUAGCAUGUCAAAUUUAUACAUUGUACAAGGUAUAUAAAACGCCUUAAUACAUUUAAUGUCAUUAUUAUUAUUUUUUGAAUGAAUGCUGUUGAUUGAUUGGGGAAGUACACACAGAUGGUGAAAAGUUUCUUCCAUUUUAUUGGAAGGAGUAAUUUGUCUGACUUUUGGUAAAAAAAGAUUGCAUAUGAGUGAUUGUUUAAUUGGUUGCUUGGAUAGACUGAAACACUUUGGAUUUAGGGCUAACAGUGGUUAGGUAAUUUUUCAUAUUGUUUCCAGGUUACACAAUGAUAGUGUGGGAGUUCAAAACAGGACCUGUGAACCUUGUAUGUGGACCUGUAUUGUCCACAUACAAUAGACUGUGUGGAAGCUAUAACCUAAAGAAUAGGUGGCUGGGUAGGUAUCAGACUGGUCAGUUACACAGGAGAAGAUCUGGUAUUUUUACUCAAAAUUCUCAUAACAUUAAGGCUGCUGUAACAUUUUGAGAUUCUCUUGAGCUUUUACACAACUUUUGUAAAGUUCCAUCUCUGUCUCACAACGGGGCGAUUUAGAUCCAAACCUGAUCUAUUCAAUCUUUUUCGCUGAAGUGUUACACUUGGCGCUCUAUAAAUUGAGGUAAUUUCCAAUUGAGCUGACAUAUGCAGCGUUUACCGUGAACGCAGUCUCUGCUAACGCGGGAACAUUGAAAUGUAAUGGCAAUCACGCUGUCUUCUACGAUACAGAGUGAAUAGAGCCAUUAGUUUUCACCUUCCAAUGUAAAAACCAGCUGGCUUGGCUGCUACAUUUCUGUUUCUUUUAGAAAUAUGAGGAAUUGUUUUUCUUCAUUUUCUCUGUGGAGUUGGAGUUGAGGGUUUCUUCCACUGCAGUAUGUAAUCUGUAAUGCUCAUUGCUCAACUUUGAAAUGUGAACAAACGGGUGUAGGCUAGCCAUAACCUUUUACAUGCUACAGAAACAAACUAUGUACAGUACAUAUGUCAAGGGGAAUACACUUUUGUAAUUAGAGAAAAUAAAUAUGAAAAACAAA